AUAAUAAAUCUAACUGAAGUUCCCCCCCUUUUCUGAACAGUCUUCCCGUUCUCUCGACUGUCAUUCCCGUUCUGAUUUCAAUUUCAGAACCCUAACUAAACCCUAGCUUCCUGUUUCUCCCCGAAUUCCCUAUCGUUUGAGUGCCAUGGACACUCUUCAAGCCGCUUACAAGGAGGAAGACGACGAAGAAGAUGAACCUUCAAACCAUUCUGCUUCUGCCACUACCGAAGCCGCCAUCUCCGUCGAGCCUACCGAAGCUACGGGCGCCGGGCCACUCGGCCCUCCGCCAUCCGAACAACUAAACGGCGUCAAGACCGACGCGGAAGCCUCCGACGAUCUAUCCGAGUCUGUUAAGUCCCAAGACAAUGAGGACGAAGACGACGAAGAUCCACCUCCAAAGAAGCAGAAACAUCUAUCAGCUUUGACUGAGCAACAUUCGGACCUGGACCAAACUCCAGUAUCUCAUCUUAUUGCAAGUAACGAUGGCCCUGGUAGUGCGGCGAUUACGGCUCCGAUUACUACCACGAAUUCGAAGAAGUCUAAAAAGAAGAAUAACAAUGUGUGGGUUACUAAAUCUACCCGUAAAGGGAAAAAAAAGACUAAGGCUAACAACCACAAUGCUCCUGUGGAGGACACUGUAUUGAUUACUCCCGUGCCAAGAUUUCCUGAUAAAAGCGACGAUACCCCUGAUAUGCAAAUAUGCUUGUCGAAGGUUUACAAGGCUGAGAAAGUGGAAUUGAGCGAGGACCGCUUGAGUGCGGGGAGUACUAAGGGGUAUAGAAUGGUGAGAGCGACUAGAGGAGUUGUGGAAGGAGCAUGGUACUUUGAGAUAAAGAUAGUGAAGUUGGGGGAGACGGGGCAUACGCGGCUCGGUUGGUCGACUGAAAAAGGAGACCUUCAAGCACCUGUUGGGUACGAUGGGAACAGUUUUGGGUAUAGGGAUAUUGAUGGAAGUAAAGUUCACAAGGCUUUGAGGGAAAAAUACGGAGAAGAAGGAUACAGGGAAGGUGAUGUUAUUGGAUUUUAUAUUAACUUACCAGAUGGAGGUAACUGUGCCCCACAGCAGCCGCAUAUGGUUUGGUACAAGGGUCAGCGUUAUCUAUAUGCAGCAGACUCAAAGGAGGAUCCUCCCAAAGUAGUAACUGAUAGUGAGAUAUCAUUUUUCAAAAAUGGAGUAUGCCAAGGGGUUGCUUAUAGGGACUUACAAGGCGGUCGCUACUACCCUGCUGCUUCAAUGUACACUCUUCCCAACCAACCAAAUUGUCUGGUUAAGUUCAACUUUGGCCCUGAAUUUGAAUGUUUCCCUGAGGACUUUGAAGGACGUCCACAGCCUAAACCCAUGGUUGAAGUUCCAUAUCAUGGAUUUGACAACCGAACAGAAAAUGGAGCAACCGAGGAGAAGAAACCUUAGCCAAAAUGCUGUACCACUCAACCCUACUAUUGUGUGCUCGUCAUCUGAGUUCUCAUUCCUCCAUUUAUUGCGGAUUGAAGUUAACUUAUAGAGAUAUGGAUUAGGACACUAAUCAAGAGGAGAGAAAUCUCCAUGUGAUAUAGGAAACUAUUUAACUCAUGAUCUUUUAGUUUUUUGUGCACUUGCGUCUUUGUCUUUUAAGUUGUUUAGUUAAUAUCAAUUUGGUCCUUACAGAAAUUAGUCAUGUUACAAUCAUUUUUGACCACGCUGUAUACAUACCAUUUGCUCAAGAGCUCUCUUCUCACAUUAAUUUUAAAGCUAACUGUUCCAGUCAUGUUGUCCUUCUUCUGUUUUCUUUUGAAUGAAUCUCUUUUAUUUAUUUAUUUAUUUUUUUAUUGCGUCC